GUAGAUUUAGAAACACCUUCGAGGAAGACGCCCUACCGCGCGCGCUGUAACGUCACGAGCUUAAGCCCGCCAGCCUAAGGAGCCUCGUCUCUGGCUGAGAGUGGUUCUGUGAGGCGGAUGAGAAAAACUUGACGGUGCUGUGGAGGAUGAUGGCCUAAUUGGUACCCGUAUGACCACCACUGUAGGACCCUUCGCUAUGUUCCAAGUCACGUUACAUCGCGACAGCCUCAAUACCGCCUGGGGCUUUCGUUUGCAGGGAGGCAAAGACUUUGGGAAGCCUCUCACUAUACAAAGGGUAUUUACUGGCAGCCCGGCCGAAGGAGAGCUUCAGAGGGGAGACCUGAUAGUGGCCAUAGACGGUUAUGACACUAGCAACCUAGUUCACAAGCAAGCCCAGGACCUGAUUAAACGCAGUGGCGGAACACUUUCGAUAACCGUACAGAGAGGCGAAUCGGGACGGACUCCUCCACAAUCUCCAAUCAAGCAGCCAAACAUCCUAUUUCAACAGCCAAGAGCUCCUAGUCACACCCCAGUCUCUCCGACGCAUCCGGGUACAAUGCAAGGCAUUCCAGCACCCACUCCGCCAACCCCCGAGGCGGGCAUGUUUGCUGUACGAAUUCCAACCUUCAAAACGUCGCCACGUGCACCACAAAUGGGCACGGAUUUCAAGGGCCCGAGCAGCCUUCGGGAUGCCCCUGGUGUCAUGAUGCAACGAGUGGCAGAAUCGCUGGACAAGAGUCUCUACAGCCCUCCACCAGCACCAAUGCCGCAACCAAGGUACCACAAAUUCAGACCGGCACCCGCCGCUCCGGUCUCUCCACCUCCUUUCAUCAACCCUGCUGUCUACUAUCCUCCUCAACCGCAACAGCAUCAUCCGCAACAACAACAACGAUCUCUUCAACAGAUGCAGCCACAGUUUGAAAGUAUGCAUGUGUCAGCCCCGGAACAUCACGCACCGCCUCCAUUCGCCGGCGGACCACCACCCGAAGAUGAAAUUGACUAUAGCUUUAUGCAAAUGCCGGUUUCCGCGAGGAAGCAGGCGUUCAUGCAUAAGGAACAAGCUGCACACCCAUACCAAGGCUACAAUGAUGACGUGGACUACUCAUUUAUGGAAAAACCGGUGGCGUUGCGAAAAAAAGCAUUUAUGAAAGAGUCGCCACGUAGCACCCAGCCUAGACGUACUGGUAGACGACCUGUCAUCCGCACCGAUAAGUCUGCUUCUGACUUCACUGGUUGGUCUCCAGGACACGAUGCCAACAAACCGUCCCCCAGGCGCCAGUACGAGCCAGCUUACCAAUACGAACCACCUGUCAACCGAAAGCCACCACCUCCUCCUGUGCCUGCCAAGCCCCAACACCACGCACCAGCACCGGCCCCUGCGGCAGAGGAAUACGAGGAGGGUUCCUAUGCACCAGCAUGGCGGGGAACCCUGAAGUCGGGCGCUAGUGUGGGUAGGCCAUGGGAAGUGAAACAACCAGCAGGUGGCGCUGCUCAUGCCUCGCCAGGUGCUCCUCAGUACAAGGCUGUGUCUUUCUCUCCAUCCCAGCCGGCCGUCAGUCAGCCGUUCUCCCCUGGUCACCACGCCGGCCCGCCCGCAGGUGGAGCGUCAGGCACCAGAGUAGAGACAGUACAAGGCCAUAAGCAAGGUCCCACAGCAGCGCACUUGCAGUUCAACUCACCUAUGAAACUCUACUCGACUGACAAUGUUAGGCAAUCAAUGGAAGGACAGCUUCGGGGCACUGGAGCCGAGGGAACCAUGCAAGUUGCUGGCAGUGCAUCUCACGAGCCUGACUACACCCAAUCAGCCGUGUACAGGAUGGUUCACGAAGAACCAGGCAAACAGACAACCAUGGACGUCAAACAAUCAAGAUCUUUCCAAACUUUAACACACGUUGUCAGCGACGACGGUGGAGUGGACGCCGUGUCAGACUUCUAAAGACUUCACUGAGGCGACAAACUCGAGCGUGCAAGCUGAGAAGAUGAAGACGUGGCAACAUUACGGCGGGGCAGCAUCUGGCGUUGAAGAAGUUGAAACUGCUGUACAUGUCCGGAGCUCUGAUAUCAUCAUCAUGCGCUUUCAAACCCAUUCUCCCCAGUACUCCCAAAGAUGGCGCUCAGAACCUCCCUAUUAUGUGAUGUCCUGGAGAUGAAUUUACGAAGCUGAUAGUUUUGUGUAACAUAACUUUUAGGGGCUUUCACAUUUAUCUCUAUCUUUGCCUAUGGUAUAAAUCAUAAGUAUGAUAGUGCUUCCGUAGGGGGUUUGUGUGCUAAAAGGAGACAUAUUUUAGACGAAUUUUACAGCACGUGGUAUUACAUUUUAAAGUUUGGAAUGUUUUGUAGACAAUUAGAGUUAAAAGUCAUUGAGAAAGUAAUGCCAAAACAUUUAAGCAAAAUUAAUAAAGGCCAAUGUGAUCCGUUUCUAUGAACAUUUUUAAAUUUAUAUAAUCCUUUUCCUAAUAAACACGGGCGGGAACGUGCAAUAUGAGUUUUUAAACCCUGUGUAUAUGUUAUCUUGGGCGUGGUCAGUCAUAGCUAUUAAGUCGGAGAUCAGAUAUAAUUUGGUUCUAUAUUUAUUAUGCUUGAAAGGUUCACAAACUUUGUGUUAUGUGAUAUUAGUGGCGCUGCCAAUUUAGAUAAUUUUUGUAACCGUUUCUUUACCACAGCAGUAUACUUGACGUUUCAAAUGCUUGUUGAAACCAUAUACCCACACGCUGUUGAAUGUGACGUCCGAGGCAGGUUACGAUGCAAUAAACGCUCCAUCGUUUAAAUAUUUGAUUUUGUUCUAAAUUUUAUAGCAAAUCGAACAAACAUCAUCCACUGUCGAAUGUGACGCCCGAGGAAGGUUGCGAUGCAAUAAACGCUCCAUCGUUUGAAAAGUAAAUUUGUUUAACAUUUAAAAAGAAAUCGAACAAAUAUUAUCUGCCGUUGAAUGUGACGCCCGAGAAAGGUUAUGAUGCAAUAAACGCUCCAUCGUUUUAA